GGCGGAGAAGGGGGAAGUGGAAUGGCCUGAACUGGGCUAGCCGACAAGGCAUAGCGGGGCUCAGCCAGUCGCAGCGAUGAAGCGGCUCGGUUACGGAUUUCUGUUACUGUUCCUUCACAUCCUGAGAGCUGUUACUGCACUGGAGAAGAUCAUCAGUAAACCUGGGGACAAUGCUACACUGAGUUGCAUUUAUGCAAAUAGAGGAUUCGACUUAGACAGUCUGCGAGUAUACUGGCAAAUAGAUGGUGUUGAAGGUUCAAAAUCGUGUUCAGUAGUGCAUGCACUGAUCUCUGGUCAAGACAAUGAAAGUCAGCAAUGCAGUCAGUUUAAAAACAGGACUCAGCUAUUAUGGGAUAAACUAGGAGAUGGCGAUUUUUCUCUACUGCUGUAUAAUGUCAGACAGAGCGAUGAGCAUACGUACAAAUGUGUAGUGAUGCAGACAAUUGAAUAUACAAGAGUGAUUCACCAGGAGCAAGUGGUUCUAAGCCUAGCAGCUAGUUACAGCCAACCAAUACUCAGUGGGCCAAUAAGAAACAGUUACAGCACUGGAGAAGAGGUGACUUUCAGCUGCAGAUCUGACAACGGUUACCCUGAACCGAAUGUUUAUUGGAUAAAUAGAACAGACAACACACGCCUGUCUCAGUCAGAUUUUAAUAUCACCCAACAUCCCGACGGCACUUACAGUGUUUUGAGCACACUGAAGGUUAAUGCAACUUCUGAUAUGCAAUUAGAGUGCUUCAUAGAAAAUAAAGUACUUCAGGAAAACACAUCAGCCAACUACACAGAGGAGAUGCAAAACAAUGGUUCUAGCACAGGAAGUCAUAAAGAUGCGGCAAAAGGUGGACAAGGUGCUCAAGCAGCUGCAGUUGUGUCAGUUGUCAUUCUGAUGGCUUUUCUGACUGUGUUAAUCUGCUGGCUAUGGAGGCGGAGGUCCUCUCAACUGGUGUCAUACACAGCACCUGUCUAAAGGGAACAUCUGCCAACAACUCAGGCAGCUGAAGGUACAUCAAGAGGAGCAUCACCCCUUGUCUCAGCAGCAGCAUUGCUUGUAAUACAAGCGACAAGUUUGUGCAGAGUGUGCCAAGAUCGAUGGCAAAAAGCUACUCCAACAGAAGAAAAACCAAAAUCCAUUGGAUUUUUGUUCUGACCAGGAGUCAUGUCUCAACACCUGCUAACUUCUUCGGAUGGUUUUCACUGCUGGCUUGCCAGUAUUUUGAGCUCUUACAAUGGGGAAGAGCAGUGAGCCUGGCACUUAGCUACUCUGUUCUAGAGUCCCUCGUCAUCACCACUGAGGAAUUUGUUUUGAGUACAAGUAGCCAUGUUUCAGGAGCAUGGGAAGCUCUGUUUCCUUCUCCUUAUGCUGACAGCGACCACUGAAUGUGAAGAGGCAGCUAAAAAUGAGGAGGAAAAGAACUGAAAGACUUUCCAUAAAGUGAGAUUUGUAACUUUUUCCACCUGUCUCUAUCUGCAGUACAUUCUGCCAUUGUCUGGUUUCACCAGCUACAUGUUAUUACAGAAUGAGCUAGACUAUCUUGACCUGGUCCUAAUGAAAUAAGCUUUGCUGUGACUGGGUUAAGCACUGAACGUACGAACAAAAAUAGAUCUCCUUUAAAGGCACUUGUUAAAAUUUUAUUCUUUACUGAAUAUUCUACCAAAAAGGAGACUUCAACUUUCUACAGAAGCUGGUGCUUACUACGUGAAAGAACAGCCUCUGGAAAACAGAUUAAAAACAGUGCUCUCACUUAUGCUGAUGUCAGGUUCCUUCGACAUUUCUCUGUCUGUAUGCAACAAAAAUCCAUAUUCAGGCUCUGUUCAAUUCAGCUUAUCGUUAUUUAAGGCCAGCAGCACCCAGGGAGAGUUUUGAACUGUUUUUUUUUUUUUUUUUAAUGCCUCUUCUCGUCUCAUCCUUUCACCAAAGAAAGAGGAGUGCAAAACAAUCAGUAUGUUAACUGUGAAUGUUCUUGACACAUUGAUGGCUAAAGGAAAGAAAGGGACGGAAAGUGAAGAAGUGCCUUUUCUUCCACAUGCCAUCAUCUGUGCCUUACUGGUUCAGCCCUGACUGAGCCAGGAGCAAAUAGAUUAGGAUAGCAAACAGUAAACGUGACUGAUAGCCUAAGAUUUUGGAAGAGAAUAAAUUAAUAUUAGUUAUUUCCUAUUGGGGUGGGUGGUAGUAAUGAUUUUAAUACCGAGUCCUGGAAAAACUCCUGCAGCAAUUGCUAGACUGGAAUUCUACUAUUUCUGUUAAGACGGCCUUGUUUGUCCCAGCUCCACGUAGAGAUGGCUGCCCAUUGUGUCAGCCAUGAGUUAAGAAGUUUUUGUUUGUUUGUUUUUUUAAAACAAGAUCAGCUUUCAAAUCCUAGCGAAGCAAAAAUAAAUUAUCUUUUUCUCCCUUCAUGCAAAACCCAGGCCAAUUUGGUGAUAGUUAUGUUGAAACAAUACCCCUACUUGGGCUCAGAGUUGGCUAACUGCAUGGCACUGUCAGUAUUUUGCGGGAGUCUCACAGGCUCAGCCUUUAUGACAUUCAAGGGAAGGAAAAGUGGAGCUCUCACUUGAUGCAAUCUGGGUCCACUCCCCAGUUUGAGUAGGAUAGAGAAAUAAAAAAAUCCAAGCUACAACUAAAUAAUUAAGCUCAUGUCUCCUGUUUUGGCUGCAAGUAACUGUGUACUAUAGUGUUUUAAAGACAUUUUAGCUAUUAAUGUUAGAAAAGGAAUGUAUAUUUGUUAACUUUUAAUGUCCGUGAAAGCUGUUCUUUUAUUUAUUAAUUCCACUUUCGCCACACGUUGCCUUCCAAUUUACAACCAUAAGAUAUCCUAUCAGGUAGGACAUUUAGCUUACGAUAUGUGUCAGAUUAAGUAACUUAAAGCAUGUCAGUAAUCUUAAGUGUCCACUUGUCCUCGUCUUACCUCUUGUCCAUUAAUCUAAGUGUAUGAUAUUUUCUGAGCCCAUAUAUAGUCUUCAGGGAAAAUCUAUUCAGUGUUCACUGAAGACAGAACGCAAGCUCGCAGGCACCUUUGAAACGUGACUGCCAUCUGCACAGAUGUGAAAGGCAACCAUUUCCUGGUGGUUCAGUGAGCCAUUUUCUCCCUCUCUGUCCUGUGAAGUUGUUUUGUGUAACCUCUUCAGUUCUGCUGUAACUGACAGAAGCCUUCUAUAAAGACAGUUUUCCUCCUUUGUAUUCUACCAGUACAGAAAAAUCAUAGUGCUUCAGAGAUGUAAGGAGUGACCUGGCAAUCACUCUACGGUAUGCUGUUGAGAAAAUUUAGACCAGAGAAGUUCUUACUUCCGGCUUUACUUCAUGAUACAUAGUGAAUACAUCUAAGCGCAACAGCUUGCUCUUGCAAAAUCCAUACUUCCAACUGGUUUAAGUUUCCAGCUGUUUUUGAAGGCAAGAAAAUCCUAAAUGACAGUUGUUUGUUACUUGGAAAUUCUGUACUAACAGUUUGUCAUUGCAUACUAUGUUUAUAUUUUAAAUAAAAACCUGUUAAUUCUUCUUUA